CCCUUCUUGGCGUUCACAUCGACAGCGAAGCAGCCACAAGUAAGCCCAGCCACAGGAUCAGAUCAGAGGCUCCGCCGCUAAGCUCACAGUAUUUUGCAAGGACAGACGCAAAUAGCUCGCGAAAUCAUCAGAUCGUGAAAGUUCUGGCGCCGGAAUAUUCCAAUUUACCGACGCCAACUGAAUUACCAAUUCCCAAUCUCACCCAGUCUCCAAGUAUCGACCAGAAGCGCUUAAAAAUGAUGAAGUUCGUGCAGAUAUUAUUGUGCUACGGCCUGCUCCUGACCCUGCUCUUCGCCCUCAGCGAGGCUCGCCCCUCGGCAGGGGAAACAGGACCGGACACGGAUGGACUUGAUGGUCAGGAGGCCGAUGACGUGCGGGGCGCCUACGGAGGAGGCUACGAGAUGCCAGCCCAGGCCAUCUAUCCCAACAUUCCAAUGGACCGGCUGCAGAUGCUCUUUGCGCAGUACAGACCCACCAGUUACAGCGCCUAUUUGAGGAGUCCCACCUAUGGCAAUGUGAAUGAACUUUAUCGGCUGCCGGAGAGCAAACGUCAAGUUAGGUACCGGCAGUGCUACUUCAAUCCCAUCUCCUGCUUUAGGAAGUAAGUUUCAGCGGAGACGACGAUCUACCCACAACCCACAUUUCUUGGAUAAAUUAACAAUUCAAGCAUUUCAACAAACCAAAAAUAAGCCAAAAAGAACGUUUAGUAUAAUGGACUACCAACAAUUUAACGCAAAUAUUUAGUGCAAUUAAACUAAAGCUAAGACUCAAACAUAUAUGCAUAUAUACACAGAAAUAUAUCUAUUUAAAUGUCUAAAAGUAAAUGAAAAAAUGUUCCAUUGUAGUUACCAAAAAAAGAAAUGGUGCACCUAUUAAUUUGAAUAUUAGCACAAAAGUUACAAAUUAUGAUUCGUUUCUUGAUUUACGCUUUGCAUAUGGUGUGGUAAAAUAAAAUACAAUGCUUCCUAAAGCUAUUCGUCUAUUGAGUACACAUUCGAAAUAAAUAUGUGCUUUUGUAAAUUUAAGCGUCCCAGCUCUUGUAUAAUAAAAAGAUCAAAUGACAAACUGAAGAAUGUGAACUUGGAGUCAUUUAAUACCUACACAGAAUUAUAAAUGUAAAGUAAAUCCCUAAAACAAAGAUAUAAAUAUAUAUGUAUGAAAUAAAUGCGCCCAAAUGUUUAAUCAUAA